AUGGCGGAGCGCAGGAGGCACAAGAAACGGGUCCAGGAGGUGAGUGAACCAACGAAGGAGGAGAAGGCUGUGGCAAAAUACCUUCGUUUCAACUGUCCGACCAAGUCCACCACCAUGAUGGGCCACCGUGUGGACUACUUCAUCGCCUCCAAAGCGGUUGACUGUCUGAUGGACUCCAAAUGGGCCAAAGCCAAGAAGGGAGAAGAGGCAGUGUUCACCACCAGGGACUCUGUGGUCGACUACUGCAACAGACUCCUAAAGAAGCAGUUUUUCCAUCGAGCUCUUAAAGUGAUGAAGAAAAAGCCAGAGAAGAAUGUGAAGAAAGAGAAGGAAAAGGAGAAAGUGAAAGGAGACAGCGGCAAAGAGGAGGAGAAGAAGAGCAGUAAGAAGGACAAAAAGAAGGAGCCGGAGGAGAAGAAGGACAAAGACAAAGACAAGACUGAGGACAGCCCUGGGACGCCUAAGAAGAAGAAGGAAACUAAAAAGAAGUUUAAACUUGAGCUGCACGAUGACCAACUUUUCCUGGACGGAAAUGAAGUGUACGUGUGGAUAUAUGACCCAGUGCAUUUUAAGACCUUCGCCAUGGGACUCAUUCUUGUGAUCGCGGUGAUAGCAGCGACCCUGUUCCCUCUGUGGCCGGCCGAGAUGAGAGUGGGAGUUUAUUACCUCAGCGUUGCAGCCGGAUGCUUCGUGGCCAGUAUAUUACUGCUCGCUGUCGCUCGCUGCAUCCUCUUCCUCUUCAUCUGGCUCUUCUCGGGCGGACGUCAUCACUUCUGGUUCCUCCCAAACCUGACCGCCGACGUGGGCUUCAUCGACUCCUUCAGACCCCUGUACACUCACGAGUACAAGGGCCCCAAGUCCUCCUCCUCCAAGAAGGCCGCCCAAGACAAGAGCGAAGAUGACAAGGCCUCCUGCAGCUCCCCCUCCUCCGCCGCCCUCGCCCCCAAGUCCGACAGCGACAAGUCAGACAGUGAGAAGAAGGACGACGAAGACGACGACGAAGAGGAGGAGCCCAAGGAAGAGGGGCCAGAGCGGCAGUCGGACACGGACAGCGACCGGCGGGAAGACGAGGGCUCGCAGCACAGCAACGGCAACGACUUUGAGAUGAUCACCAGAGAGGAGCUCGAGCAGCACACGGAGGAGGAAGCGGAGGAGGACGAGGAGGAGGAGGAGGACGAAGAGACGAAGACGACGUGUCAAUCAUAA